GAGUGCUGUUUUUAAAAUCAAAUUAUUAAAAAUAAUCUUUUCAAACCUAAUGAAUUGCAAAGAAAAUAAAUAAUUAUUAUUUGAUUUUGUAAUGGAUUGGAUACACUGUAAUAAUUGUUUUAUUCAGUUAGAAACAGGAGUUACUUUACACCUGACAUCAUGUGGUCACAUGUUUUGUACCAAUUGUUUGAGCAACGGAGCCGAAGAAAAUGCAUGUUUAGUAUGUCGUGCCCCAUGCACUUUGAUGAAACUGGUACCUGAUAUGAAUUCAGAUAUUCAAGAUUAUUUUACGGAACCUGAAGAAUUGCUGAAGAAAAGUUGUGAUAUUAUUCAGUUUCAAAGGCGACACAGACAUCGCUUGUUGUCAUACUUGCUACAAGCGACAAAGAAAUUUCACACAGCACGGAACGAACUGAAGCGCAUGACCGAAAUAUGUCAAAAGCAACAUAAACAACUCAAGGAAUACCAGAGGAUUAUAAAACAUUUGCAUACCCAAGUUGUAACGCAGUCCAAACAAGUUUCGCCAUUCAGCGUUCCCAUUUCGCCCAGCAGCAAUUUCUCUCCCAGCUUCAUUCAGACCACCCCCACCUACAAGCGGACCGCAAAAAGCACCCCCUACAGCCAACCGUUUCAAUCGAACCUCGUGACCCCGACGAGAUUAAGCAAGCAACGAUCGUGCAAUCUAAGUGCUCAAAGCCAGAGGUCAAACACGUCACACAAGAUAUCAUCGACGGUAAUGACGCCUCCCACUCCAGAGUCAGUCGGGUACAACAAUUUUUUAAAGCAUCUUUAACGGUACACCGCCUAUACAUACACUGCAAUGCGAUGGUAUAAUUUUAGUCAAGGUAGCGACGAAUCGGGUUAUAUGUCCAACGGUCCUCCAAAGAAACCGCCUGUCCUAAUAUAUUGCAGCGGUAGUCCUACUCGCAAAUGUACAUUUUUGAAUAAGAGGAAAUAUUUUGUUUAGUUUGUUUUGUCUCAUGGUGUUGUUUUAAAUUAAUUUGCAUGUGUUAUUAAUAAAUGAAGUCUUGAUUAA